UGGAAAUAUGGGCAGGGCUCAACACCCAUUUUCGGCGAUCUUGCUAUAUAACUGGCGUAAAACAUCCCAUUCUGUUCAUCUUGUGUAAGUAAUUAACCUGCGCUGCUGUUAACCUGCUGCUGUUUUUUGGAGAGACUUUCUGAUCAAUAUUUAAUGACUUCCAGGAUGGAAAACAAGUCUUACUUGGUUCAGAUGAACGGGAAUGGAGUCCAUGGCAAAACCACGGUCAAUGCCAAAAGCCUGAACGGGACCGGGGUCAACGGGAAGGGAGUCGGCCUACAUGGGAACGGCAUCCACCAUGUCAGUGUGAAUGGCACUUUGUAUCCAGCCAAGGCCAAGAGCCGCAGGCAAAGAUGGGAGGUGAAGCCUUCGGAGAUGGCCAACAACACGCUCAAUCCCAUCAGAGCCAUCGUGGACGGGAUGAAGCUGACUCCGAACCCAGAUAAACCCAUGAUUGCACUUUCCAUAGGGGAUCCCACCGUGUUUGGAAAUCUGCCUACAGAUGGUGCCGUGCUGCAGGCCAUGAAAGAUGCCAUAGACUCCCAAAAGUACAACGGCUAUGCUCCUUCUGUUGGUUAUCUGAAGAGCAGACAGGCUGUGGCCAACUUUUACAGCUGCCCCGAGGCUCCACUAGAGGCAGAGGAUGUGAUACUGACCAGUGGCUGCAGUCAGGCCAUUGACCUGGUUAUCAGUGUCCUGUGUAACCCUGGGGAUAACAUCUUGGUCCCAUGCCCAGGCUUCUCCUUAUAUAAGACUCUGGCUGCCUCCAUGGGCAUUGAGAUCAAACUGUACAACCUGCUGCCAGAGAAGUCAUGGGAGGUUGACUUGCAGCACCUGGAGAGCUUGAUUGACGAGAGGACAUCCUGUAUCAUUGUUACCAAUCCAUCCAACCCCUGUGGCUCUGUCUUCACCAAGGAACACCUGCAGAAAAUCAUCAAAGUGGCCUCCAAACACUGUGUUCCCAUUCUGGCUGAUGAAAUCUACAACGAUAUGGUUUACCCAGGUGUCAGCAGCCCGACCAUGGCGUCUCUCAGCAGUGAUGUUCCCAUCCUUGCCUGUGGUGGCUUGGCUAAGCGUUGGCUGGUCCCCGGUUGGAGGUUGGGAUGGAUCCUCAUCCACGACAGGAAUGACAUAUUUGGAUCUCAGAUUCGACAGGGUCUGGUGAAACUGAGCCAACGUAUUCUGGGAGCCUGCAGCAUCGUCCAGGGAGCCCUAGAGAGCAUCCUCAACAACACACCUCAAAGCUUCUACAGCAAAACCAUCGACUUUCUCAAGACAAACUCUGAGAUUUGUUUCAAUGAGCUGAGCACCGUCCCUGGCCUGACCCCUGUCAUGCCUUCAGGAGCCAUGUACCUCAUGGUGGGGAUUGAUAUGGAUCACUUUCCAGAUUUUAAGAAUGAUGUGGACUUUACUGAACGGCUGGUGACCGAGCAGUCUGUCUUCUGUCUGCCUGCCUCAGCUUUUGAAUAUCCUAACUACUUUCGCAUUGUGGUGACGGUGCCGGAGGAGCUGAUGACGGAUGCGUGUGGUCGGAUCAGGGAGUUUUGCCAGCGCCACUAUCGACCCCGCAGCCGCGACAGCAACGAUCUGGACCAGUGAUGCAGCAGAGCUCGACCAGUUGAGCCACACGGAGACCAAAGCCUUGCCAAUGGAAUAACUGUCCUAUAGUCACAUAAACUGAACUGGAAUCAGCUUUGAAAUUGUUUUCCAAUAUAUUAUGAAGUUAGAGGUGUAGAGAUCUGAAGUCAAAACUGUUAAUAUUGUCAUAAUUGUGGCAACAAAAAGCUUGGACGUAGGGACAUAUCUGAUGGUCCAUCUGAUGGUGUAAUUUUCUAUGUAAACCGUAUGAAAUAAGAAAACCUAAUAUUUAUAUUUUAUACAAGCAACUUAUAUUAACCUCUACUUGUUCUUGUGUAUUUAUAUAAUUUGUAUAAUGCUAUGUGUAUCUAUGUAAUGUAACCUCUUUGACAUUAACUGCAGGAUUGUAGACUGUGCAUACCGUGCACAUCAGCUAGCUUCUUCACUGUCACAAUUAGAGGAAGUGAAGAUAUAUUUGAAUAUGCAUUUUUAUAACAUUAUGUAUUGAUAAUCCUCUGCAUACUUUGCUUUAACUAGAAAGUAACUCAUGGCAUGCUCUUUUCAGAACAUUGUCUGUAUAGUGUUUGUAUGUUAAUUGUGUCAUAUUGAAUCAUAUAUAUAUAUUUUUACAGACACAAAAAUGUAUGUAGUAGUUUUGUUAAUAGUCGCCUAAUAAAAACCUUUUGACAUGAAAUAUU